AUGGGAGGCGAUUCCUCAGAUCCCGAAAGCCGGCGCACGGCCGAGGGAAAGAUUAGGGAAUGGCUCGAGCUCACGCGGAGCGAAGACGGCCAUUACAAGGCAGGUGACUGGAUGGCCACCCUCGUGCCCUUCCUCGACGUUGACUCGGCGAGCGCCGCAUUCCCCCAUCCCUCCGUCACCUUCACCUACACGGUCCAGCCGGACCACUGCAACCGCCUGGGCAAUCUCCACGGUGGCGCGGCCGCCACUCUCUUCGACUUCUGCACAACCAUGCCGCUUGCCAUCAUCAACCGGCCUGGCUUCUGGCAGUAUCUCGGCGUCAGCCGCUCCCUCAACGUCACCUACCUGCGGCCCGUGCCCGCCGGCGAGGAGGUCCUCAUCGAGUGCCAAAUCGUUCAGGUCGGCAAGAAGCUCGCCUCCCUGCGCGGCGUCAUGAUGAGGAAGCGCGACGGUCUGCUGCUGUGCAUGUGUGACCACGGAAAGGUGAAUGUCGACCCGGACGCAAACUUAUAG